AUGGACAGCAUCCGCGCCAAGUUCUCUAAGCGUGUUUGUCCAGAGAAGUACGACUCAGACAACAUCCUCUCUUUGGAACCACAAUGCUACAACCAGGUGGCGUUCUACGACAGCUUUGACGGCCCUCAGCCCCAGCACGAUAACGAUCACGUCCAAUAUGAGCUCAUUACCAUACUUCCGACGAUGGACGAGAUACUCGCAGCCUACAAACGUGUGUACCAACCUAAGAAGGACUAUGGCUCACCAAACCCACACUCAGUUGGCAUGCUUCGACAUCUCGACCUCAUGUUCCGUCAGCUGCGCCAGGAGAGCAUUCACCCUAUCAAAGACAUCUGCUACGUUGCUGCUCAGAUGGCCUUCGUCCCUCCAUCACAUCAGCCAUCGACUUCGCAGCAGGUUCCUGCAGGAACCCUUCCACUCGGCGAGAACAUGUCCUUGGACACUGCUGCAGGUCGUACUGAAACCUUCAUCGCAGAUGUCAGAAAUCCAGCGACAAAAGAUGCUUUCGAUUCAGCAGUAAGAGAGACAUACAUGGGUAAUCGCUUCUUUCUCUAUGAAGGUGCUCGUGUUGAGGAGCUCCAGGCGCAUGAACGAAAUGCCAUCAAUGUACGCUUGUCAUUCAACUGCCCCGAAUAUCUAAGAGGUGGUCGGCUGUUCAAAAGUAAUCGCUUACAGAAUGGCUUCAUGAUGGCGCUUCUGUGUCACAACAAUAUUAAGCACGAGCUCGAGGUCUUCUACUUCAGCAUCCACUUGCGUCAGAGUACUGUGUCGAUGGACUGUCGAGGUGGCAACGGUCAAAAAGCGGCGAUACUAUGCACCCUGAUCCCAGAAUCGACAAAAGAUGACGUUCUCGAGCUCGCCAGAUAUGCUCAGAAUCUGGAGCCUGGCAUGGAGUUCUGUCUGGUUGAAUUUCCCAGACUUAUGCAUCACGGCUUCUACCAUUGCUUGAAAAGACUACAACAGUUGUCGGUCGUGGGCCCACGUGGAGAUGUCGCCUUUCGCGAUUAUGUCGCACCGUCACGAUCGCCCGAAGAGUUAUCGCAGGCAAGACUCACACACGCACUUGCUGGCACUCGAUCCAUACAAGAUGUCAGACCACCGCGAUACGCACGAGACCCCGGAUUUUCGUUCGACUUGAGCUCAAUUUUUGAAGGUCGCAAGACUUCUUUCAGCUUGCAGGACUUAUCAAAAGUGACCUCUUUGGACUCGGAAGCACUUGACUUCGAGCAAGAUAAAGCAUUUCGCUACUGCUUGACGAACGAAUUCGCGUUCGUUCAAGGACCUCCGGGGACUGGCAAGACAUACCUGGGCCUCCGAUUAGCGCAAGUUCUUCUAGCUUCUCGACCCUCGAAGCCAAUCCUUGUCGUCUGCCUGACCAACCAUGCGCUCGACAACUUUCUGUCCGGACUGAUUGGUGCUGGCGUCAAGGACAUUGUUCGUGUAGAAUCCGGCAGUAAAGAAGAAUGGACAGCGCCACUCAAUCUUAGAAUGAAAGCAAGGAAGGCACGGAAUAGCCCUCGAGAGACUGCUGCCAAGUCGAUGGCCGCUCGGAAGCGCAAGCAGGCAUACACAAAUAUCAACGACUGGUGUUGCAAUGUAUCGGCACAACUCUGCCAUGUCCCCUCGCUAUCACCUUCAGAUGACGUUGGGUCAGCCAUGGAAGGGCCUAUUAACAAAAUCCGCACCAACGAUAUGCUGGGUUCAGUCGGUGGUAAGCCUCGUCCAGCUGACCCGGAAGCUGCUGCGAGGAGUCUUGCCGAAGACGUUGAUAGUCACAACGAAGCCAGCAAGAUCACCCAGACGGUCAGAGAAAAUGUCGAUGUCCGCGUUUUGAGCAGUGCGUCGAUCAUCGCCAUGACGACGACCGCUUGCGCAAACAGAUGGGACGUACUGCGACGCGUUGGAGUGGAGGUCGUUAUAUUCGAGGAGGCCGCCGAGGUCAUGGAGCCACACACUCUUUGUGCUCUGCUUCCGUCACUUCAGCAUGCCAUCUCAAUCGGAGAUCCCAAGCAGCUACGCCCAGAGGUGUCCGAUCAGUGCCUGACAUUGGAGAAAUGCCCCGAUCACAGACUGGACGAAUCUCUGUUCGAACGCAUGGUGUCGCCAGUCGACCCAUCGGCUGCGCGGCUGUGCUAUGAGCAUUUGGGUCUCCAGCGUCGUAUGCAUCCAGAUAUUGCAGAACUUUCUCGUCUUACCUAUCCAUUUCUACGCGAUCACGAAUCAACCAAAGACCACGAACCAACCUUUGGCAUCAACGAACGAUCGUUUGGUGGGAUCAUGAUGUUCCGGAGCGCGAAGCGACUGAAGAGAAUAAGUCUCGCAUCAAUGAUCAUGAAUCAAGGUGACAUCGCUGUUCUCACGCCGUACACUGGACAGCUUGCUGCUCUUCAUCAAGCGCUCAGUCUCACGUGCCAUGUUUGGCUUGAUGAACAGGACCGUGAGAACUUGCUCAACGAUGAGCAAUUGACUGGCGAUGUUGGUCGCAGUCGCGAAAAAGAGGCAGUCACAAUGGAAGAUAUGCUUCGAAUCACGACCGUCGACAACUUCCAAGGCGAAGAAGCCAAAGUUGUCAUCCUGAGUACGGUCCGCAGUGGCGGUAGUGCCGGAUUCCUCUCCAUCGAGAACCGUAUCACAGUUGCAUGCAGUCGAGCUCGCGACGGGUUCUACGUCAUCGGCAACUCGAAGACUCUUGGUCAAGUUCCAUUAUGGCGGGAGAUGAUCAGCUUGCUAGGUCCACGCAGAAUUGGCCCCAACAUUAUCACCCAGUGCGGCAAUCAUCCGGAUCACUCCUCAAGAGUGCGCCAUCCAGACGACUUUUUUGAAAUCCCGGAAUGUCCAGUCAGAUGUCAGGAUAUCCUCGAGUGCGGCCAUAAGUGCGAUCGCAAGUGCCAUCCGAAGUCGCUUCACAAGCGUGGCGCCUUGCCCUGUGAGCAUGCAUGCGAGAGAGAAUUGAAGUGUGGCCACAAGUGCACUUUGCCGUGCGGCGCAGACUGCGGCAACUGCUUGACGCCCGUUCGACAAGUCAUCCUACCUUGCGGACACUCUGGUGCGAAGGUCUGCUCGGGCGGUAUGCUGACUUGCAACGCUGUGACCGGCAAUGAGAAGCUUCCUUGUGGACAUAUUCGCAAGAUAUUGUGUGCCGAGGCCGAGAAGCUCCGAGGCCGUGGUCGAGCUUGUGAGGCUUGCAGAGCCAAAGACGAUGGGGACAGCAGUGAAACCAGCAACAACUACAUGUACGGAGAGGGUCGUGUUGUCAGUGGGAGCGAGGAUUCGUCGUUGGGACACAGCUCAAAUUCAAAGCAGACCAUGGUGGACGGACUUGACGAGCAGGCAUUCAUUGAAGAAAUGCUCAAGCGUCGCGCUCUGACCGGCGAGAUUAUAUCAAAUGGUGCUGCUAUGCAGCCAAAGACGGCAUCAGAUGGUGGGAGUGACGGUAGCAAGCGUGUCAAUGGGGAUGAGAACGUCGAGGACGACCAAAGACUUAAGGAAACGAAGGACAACGGUCUUGACGGCGAGAUUCUCGUCGAUGUUUCGCUUGUAUCGACCAAAGCCCACGACAGAGACAAAGCAGAAUCUCAGACCGACAGCGACUCAAAACAGCGUCUGGAUGUGGAGGCCAAGCAUUCCUCGAAAUCAUCCAUGUCGACGGCAGAGGCCUUCAGCUCUGAGAAUGCUAGUCUCCGGCCGCGAUCUAUCGUUGGCAAAGAAGGAGUGGGUGAAGCUGCCUCAUGUGCCGAGCUCGAGUUAAAAAGCGAGUUUGAGCAGUUCAUGAUGAAGAUGCGAUCGCCUGCAUCCGGACCCAAAAUUCCGACUUAG